AUGUGCUAUUCUCCAUUACAAUUUUUCUGUUCUAUUGGUUUUCUUUCACCACUCAAAUUCUUGCACUUUCUAUUCGUGUUUACCCAGAAUUCUAAGGUUAGUGCGUAAAGAGCCGAAAGGCUCUAAAUGGAGCUAUGUAUGGUAUGUGCGUGGAAUAUUACUACAAAUGUUCGUGAAAUGAAAUCUGACCUUUUUUGUUAUUUCUCUAAACCUGGGGAUGCCUCUAUCUUCAAGCCUCAUAUUCUAAAAAGCUCAAAAUCUGGUAUACAUGCAUUAGUUCCCUCUACUCUUCUUUCUUCUCACUUGUUUUUCCUCUAUAUAAACCCCUGGAUCCUAACCAUUGUGGUAAAACUCAUCACUACUCCAUAAUCUUCCUAUCCUGUUCUGUUUCUCCUUUUUGACAUUUUCUGUAAGAUGGAAAGGAAUCAGUUAUCAAGGCAGAUCAACAGAAUGAGACAAUCACUAUUUGAUCAGGGAUUUCUUGAUGAACAAUUUGUCCAGUUGGAGCAGCUGCAAGAUGAGGCUAACCCAAAUUUUGUUGAGGAAGUUGUAACUCUAUGCUACCGUGAUUCGUAUAGAUUAAUCCUCAACUUAGAGCAAGCACUACAGAAGAGCCCUCUUGACUUUAAUCAGUUGGAUAGCUAUAUGCAACAGUUCAAGGGAAGUAGCACAAGCAUUGGAGCAAAAAAGGUGAAAGCUCAGUGCACACUUUUUAGGGAAUACUGCAAGUCUGGGAGUGGAGAAGGAUGCUUUAGGACUUUCCAGGAACUGAAGAAAGAACGUACAGCUCUGAAAAACAAGUUUGAAGCUUAUUUUCAGCUGAAAAGGCAAGCUGGUCCGAGUCAAAUUGCAAGUCGUCCCAAGUAACAAAUGAUGGGCAACCAAAGGCAAUGACUUCAAAUGGAAAUCAAGCAGAUGACUAGGUGGGCGUAGAGGCCUUGGAAUGUAAAGAUUUCAAUUUCAAAGCUCUGUCUUAACUUUCUUGGCAAACGGAAAGUAAGCCAUCCUUUGCCUUUUUGUAAAUGGCUGGCUUAUAGACCUAAAAAUGCUCCUUGAUGGGAUGAACAGAA